CAUCUAAAACAUCGCCAUCAUGUCGAUGCCUGAGUUUGACCCGGCCCGUCGGCCCUCUCAGUCCGAGAAUCAAACCAUUCUCAAGUCCGAAAUCCCCUUGAAGGAACGGUUCUUCCGCUAUUUUCAGCAUGAGAUCACCGGUAUGAUUGAGCUGAUCCGGCUGAUUACCUAUGCUCUUUCCUCUUUUCAGAAGAGAGGAAUCUGACCCCUGUUCUUCCUGUAGCGCUCCAGGAACAGAUGGAUCGGCUGGCCGAUACGUCGUUAGUGGGAGGUGAACGGACAGACGCAACCGAUCACUGUCUGGCGGGCAUUGCGCGCUUGUCCAACGAGGUCAAGGACGCAGCCAGCUAUAUCCCAACCUACGAUCAGCGGAUAUAUGCUGAGGCCAUUAAAGCUCUGCAGGACAAACUCGUCGAGACUCGAGCUGCAGUCGAACCACGACCAAAGUUUAGCUUCAAGACCAAGAAGAAUGCAUCCGCCAUCUCUCUGUCCGAUGCAGCGCAUCUCGCCGCUCAAGGUCGACGCAGUAUCCCUGGGUUCCCCUCCCCUGACACAUCAUCGGUCAGCUCGUCUGCGACACAAACCCCCAUGUAUCCGUCAACGCCGCUGAACGAACCCGACAACCGCCUCCAUCUACAAAGACCGGAGCUUGCUCCGACCUCUAUCCCUGCAUUCACAGUGGACGAAGAUGAGGACAAACCCAAGUCAGACGCAGGGGGUGGAUUUGCCGCAACGGCCGUGUCCUCAGUGUCUGUGAACAACCAUCAUAACCUGCACAUCAUGCUGCCGUCCUCAGGCUCAACCGCAACCGUGCCGGCGUCUAUUACCCAUCUUCGCCACUGCGUAGUCGACAUGUCCAUUCCCACGGCCAAUGGAAAGCCGUAUACCAGUCUGACCAUCAAGAGCGUUAAGGAGAGUCUCCUCGUUUGUGGCCAGAUCAACGGCCCAGCCCAUAUCACUGGCGUAGAGAACAGCAUUCUUGUGGUUGACUGUCGGCAGUUCCGGAUGCAUAACUGCUCUAAUGUGGACGUCUACCUCAGCUGUUCCAGCAACCCGAUUAUCGAGGACUGCAGCAAUGUCCGAUUCGGUCGGAAACCCCGUGUUUACACGCUCGAUCACGAUCGCCCAGAUGACGAAGAUCACUGGAGCCAGGUCGAAGAUUUCAAAUGGAUCAAGCCGGAACCCAGUCCCAACUGGAGCCUUCUGGAUGCCGAAGACGCCGUGCCGGAAGAAGUCUGGGCGGAGAUUGUCCCGGGCGGUCCAGGCUGGUCGCUGGAUGAUAUUCUACGUGCGAUCAAGAUUUCAUCUCAUUAACUGAACGUUUGCCAGUUACGAGCUGAGGAGGGAAUUGGCGUCCGGUUUAACGAGUGUCGUAGUUGUAAUUACUGCAUUAUGAAUGCGAUGGGGACAAACAAGGUAAACAUAUUCUAUGUACCGGACUGGGUUCUGCGAUGCGAGUGUUGCUUCUGAAGUACUCUCUUCUCUUGAGUGGUGGUCACAUUAUGGCAGCUGGGUAAAUAUAUCUGGUGUCGGACACCCCACUGAUUCACUUAUUAGUAUUUACUAGUAUCCGCCUCUUAUGAUUCAAUUUAAAAUCCACUUGACCGUCUGUC